AUGUCGUUCGGUGGCCAGACUCCAACCAUUAUUGUGCUGAAAGAGGGCACAGAUUCUUCUCAGGGAAAAGGACAGAUCAUUAGCAAUAUCAAUGCUUGUUUAGCUGUUCAAAACACAAUAAGAAGUACUUUAGGACCAUAUGGUGGGGAUUUAUUACUUGUGGAUGAGAAUGGACGACAAACUAUCACUAAUGAUGGUGCUACUGUUAUGAAGUUACUUGACGUUGUUCACCCCGCAGCACGAAUUCUUACCGAUAUCUCUCGAUCACAAGAUGCCGAAGUAGGAGAUGGAACAACAUCCGUCGUUGUUUUGGCAGGUGAAAUCUUGAAGGAAAUAAAGGACCAUGUCGAACAGGGAGUCAGCUCGCAGACUAUCAUUAAGGGUUUACGAAGAGCCUCUACGAUGGCCGUCAAUAAAAUAAAGGAGAUCGCUGUCAAUACAAGUGAGGGUAACCAGAGGGAAACUCUCAUUAAAUUGGCCGGUACUGCCAUGAGCAGUAAGCUGAUUAAGAGAAAUACCGGAUUCUUCACAAAGAUGGUCGUUGAUGCGGUUAUGACAUUAGAUCAGGACGAUUUGAACGAGAAACUCAUUGGCAUGAAGAAGAUUCCAGGUGGAUCCCUUACCGACUCACUGUUUGUUAACGGUGUUGCAUUCAAAAAGACCUUUGCAUACGCCGGAUUCGAACAACAACCAAAAUCUUUCAAAAACCCCAAGAUUGUGUGCUUAAAUGUUGAACUUGAGCUUAAGUCUGAGAAAGACAACGCAGAAGUUCGUGUCGAGCAAGUCUCGGAAUACCAGGCUAUUGUCGAUGCUGAAUGGCAAAUUAUUUACAACAAGAUGGAAGCUCUAUACAAGACUGGCGCAAAGAUUGUCCUUUCCAAGCUACCAAUUGGUGAUCUUGCUACUCAGUAUUUCGCGGAUAGAGAUAUUUUCUGUGCCGGCCGUGUAGGAUCUGAUGACCUUGAACGCAUCAUUCAAGCUACAGGAGGAUCCAUUCAAUCUACUUGUUCCGAUAUUCAACCAGAGCACCUCGGAACCUGCGGUUCGUUCGAAGAACGUCAAAUUGGUGGAGAACGUUUCAACUUUUUCGAAGAUUGCCCAGCUGCCAAGACCUGCACAUUAGUUCUCCGUGGAGGUGCUGAGCAAUUCAUUGCCGAAGUCGAGCGUUCCCUCCACGAUGCUAUCAUGAUCGUCAAGCGCGCCAUCAAGAACACCACAAUUGUUGCUGGAGGUGGAGCUUGUGAAAUGGAAGUAUCAGCUUAUCUCCAUCACUAUGCCGACAACAAUAUCCGCAACAAGCAACAAGCAAUCAUCAAAUCCUUCGCUAAAGCCCUCGAGGUCAUUCCUCGUCAACUUUGCGACAACGCCGGUUUCGAUGCUACAGAUAUCCUUAACAAGCUCCGCGUGGAACACAGAAAAGGAAACAUAUGGGCUGGUGUUGAUUUCAUUGGUGAAGGUAUUAGAGAUAAUAUGGAGGCUUUCGUCUGGGAACCAGCGUUGGUCAAGGUUAAUGCUAUUCAAGCAGCAACUGAAGCUAGUUGUUUGAUUUUGAGCGUAGACGAGACCAUUAAGAAUGAAGAGAGUCAACAACCACAAGCUCCACAAAGAGGCUUGCCUCCGGGAGCAGCCCAGAGAGCAUUGAGAGGUAGAGGAAGAGGCAUGCCAAGAAGAUAA